UCACUUUACCCAAUAGCAGAUCCACCUCAAUCUCUACUGCUACGCGGAGCAACUCUGCACUCGCCGACACUCAUGGCCCACCGCGCCACCGCCGCGCUCCUCCUCAUCCUGCUCGCCGCCGCCGCCGCCGCCGCCGAGUCCGAGGUGGUGGUUCAGGCGCCGGAGACGCCGAAGGCGGCGGAGGAGCUGGCCCGGAUGCUAGAGAGGCUCCAGGAGGUCGCGGACUCGCUCGCCAGGUCCGUCCGCGCGCUGGAGUCCGUGCUCGCUAGAUCCGCGGAGCCGGACCCCCCGCCGCCGCGGCAGCCCUUCUCCGCCGAAGCCCCGGCGGCACCGGGAGCUCCGGACCAGCUGGCCCCGCAGCGGGUGGCCGUCACGAAGCGCCGGCCGGUCUGGUCCGAGCGGUUCAACUUCGUGGCGGCGGUGCGGCUCGGGGACGGCGCGCACGCGGCGGCGCAGGCCGCGCUGCCGUACGAGGACGCCGACGGGCUCACCAAGUACUUCGCGGUGGGCGACUCCCGCGGCCGCGUCUUCGUCUUCUCCGCAGCAGGAGACUUACUGCUCGAGCUCAGCGCCGGGGACUCCCCGGCGCCCCCCUCCCCGGUGACCGCCCUGCUCGCGUACCUCUCCCCGCGCCGCGCCGACUGCCUCCUCUUCGCGGGCCACGCCGACGGCUCCAUCGCGGCGCACCGCCUCACGGAGGCCUCCCCGCACGGCGACGACUGGCUCACCCUCACCGCCACCUCCUCCCGCCUCCUCGUGCGCGGCCUCGACGCCGCGCCCGUGCUGCACCUCGAGGCGCACCACGCGGGGCGGUCCCGCUACGUGCUCUCCAGCGACGCGGGCCGCCGCAUCCGCGUCUUCACCGAGAACGGCACGCUCUACGGCACCGCCAUCGCCGCCUCCACGCCGCUCGCCUUCGUCAAGCAGCGCCUGCUCUUCCUCACCGACGCCGGCGCCGCGUCCCUCGACCUCCGCUCCAUGACCGUCCGCGAGACGCCCUGCGAGGGCCUCGCCGAGGCGCUCAACGGCUCCCGCCCCAAGUCCUACUCCUUCGACCCCGCCGAACGAUUCAAGGCUUAUGGCUUCACCGAUGCCGGUGAUCUCGUGCACGUCCUGCUGCUCGGCGAUGUCGCCAACCUCAAGUGCCGGGUCCGGGCGGUGAAGAAGGCCGAGGUUGACGGCCCCGUCGCGAUACAAACCAUCAAGGGUUACCUCUUGGUGGCCAGCCAGGAUAAGAUCAUGGUGUACAACACCUCCUCGCAGUACUAUGGGAGGGUCGGGGCGCCGCGGCCGCUGUUCAGCACGGCCAUUAGGGAUAUCAAGUCCAUGUUUGCGGGUUCUAGCGCUGCGAUGUCAGCCGUGAUGAAGCCUCUGAUCGCCGCGGACCGGGAAAAGCUUGUGAUCCUGGGGCUUGGGGAUGGCUACAUUGGCAUCUACCGGUCCAACUUCCCGGUGUACAAGCCGGAGAGCAACGCGGUUGUGUGGAGCGGCCCGGCCCUGCUUUUCCUCCUCUUCUUGAUCGGCAUCUGGCAAGUGUAUGUGAAGAAGAAGGACUCGUUGGGGUGGACACCGGAGGAGACGUUUAACACCUCCGUCUCUGCUCCUACGGGGAGCAUUUUGAAUCAUCCAGCUAGCGAGCGAGCGUUCGCGGAUAGCACCACAAGAGCUUCUGAUCGAAGCUAUGCGGAUGGCGCAGCAAGAGCCGGUGAUAGAAGCUAUGUGGAUGCCACCACCAGAUCUACCGACCGAGGCUAUGCUGACACUACCAGGGCUGGGGACCUACGUGGCGGCGCGCUAAGAACUGCUCCGAGAAGGUAUGUGUCCCCUACUAGAUAUGCAGGGGCAGCCGGCAUUCCAUAUCGACCUGUUUCGUCUGAGCCUGGGCUUAGAGCCACUCCAGAGCUGAAGUAUAGAGGCCCAGGUAUGGAGCCGCCUGGUUUCCCCAAGAAAAGAGAUGCAUUGUUCUUGAACAACCAAGCUGUAGUAGAUGAUCAUGUCGAAUGAGGGUGUCGGUAGUUGGUGUAGACUGCCCCCCUAAAUUUUGGUCAGGUUUUGAAGAUUCCUCACCUAAGAGGGAUGCCAGUGAUACCAAGCCUGUUGUUGUAAGUUGUAAAACUUAAAAUGUUUGUAUUGUACGAGUAAAUUAUGACCAAUUAAGAUA